GCGACCGCAGGCUGAGCCCAGGCGGGCCGGCCGCCCCGAGCCGCCCCCCGCUGCCGCCGCCGCCGCCGCGCCCCCGCCCGGCCCGCUCCCAACGGAAAGUUGGGCUGCGGCGGGCGGCGUCUGGAACCCGCGGGCCGGCAUGAGCGGGGGCCGCGGGGGCGCCUAGGGCACCGGGAGGCGGCGCCGCGCGGGGGCAACUUCGCCCGGGAGCCCACGCCGCCGGGCCCCGCGCCUGCAGCCCCGAGCGGGCUCGCGGUGGUUCCUCCCGUCCCGCGGCCUCCCCCCGCCGACUCCAGGCGCGGACCUUGGUCCCGGCGGCUCCGCGGCGGUGACACGAGCCCGCGCCGCCGCUGCCGCUGCCGCCGCCUCCUCAGCCCCCGUCGCCGCCUUCCCCGCACCAUGGAGUUCUCCGAGAGGAAAAGAAGCAGGAAAUCCCAGAGCUUCAAACUGGUGAGCCGAGGAGAUGAAAGCAUGGAAAUAAAAAAGCAAAUUACAGGGAUGAGAAGAUUGCUGAACGACAGCACUGGGCGGAUCUAUCAGCGAGUUGGCAAAGAAGGAGAGAAACUAAAAGAAGAGCCCCAGGACCUGGAUUUAGUCUGGCCUCCGCGUUUGAACUCCUCUGCUGAGGCCCCGCAAAGCCUCCACCCGUCUUCACGUGGUGUAUGGAAUGAGCUACCGCCCCAGAGUGGACAGUUCUCAGGGCAGUAUGGCACCCGUUCUAGAACCUUCCAAAGCCAGCCCCACCCUACCGCAAGCUCCAAUGGUAUGGUUGUCAACAAACAUUCAGAAGGCUCUCACGGGGGAGAACUUCCAGUGGUGAAUUCAUCAGCUGGAUCAAACUGCUGUACUUGUAACUGCCAGUCAACGUUGCAGGCCAUUCUACAAGAACUCAAGACCAUGAGGAAAUUAAUGCAAAUUCAAGCAGUUGGAACUCAAAACAGACAACAACCCCCAAUUUCCCUUAUAUGCUCCCAGCGAACUGCUGUCUCACGAAAGAGAAAUAAAAAGAAAAAAGUGCCCCCAAAGACUGUGGAACCUCUUACUGUGAAACAGAAGCCUAGUGGGUCAGAGAUGGAGAAAAAGGCGGUGGUGGCCUCUGAGCUAUCUGCUCUCCAGGCAGCCGAGCACACCUCCCCGGAGGAGAGCCGCGUUCUAGGAUUCGGCAUUGUUCUGGAAUCACCUUCCUCAGAUCCAGAAGUACAACUUGCUGAAGGCUUUGACGUGUUUAUGCCUAAAUCUCAGCUGGACUCUAUAUUGUCAAACUACACUCGCUCAGGAAGCCUUCUGUUUAGAAAACUGGUGUGUGCGUUUUUUGAUGACAAGACUUUGGCUAACUCCUUACCCAAUGGGAAGAGGAAAAGAGGACUCAAUGACAACCGGAAAGGACUAGACCAAAAUAUUGUGGGUGCAAUAAAAGUCUUCACAGAAAAGUACUGUACAGCUAACCGUGUGGAUAAGCUUCCUGGCCCAAGAGAUUGGGUACAGAUUCUACAGGAUCAAAUUAAACUGGCCAGAAGAAGGUUAAAAAGAGGCUCAGAGAUCGCGGACAGUGAUGAAAGACUGGAUGGCAUUUCUCUACCACCAACAGGAAAAAAAGCCUGAGGCCCAGAAACAUUAAGUGGCUUUCCCACGGCCUCACAGCUGGUUGACGGCCUGGCCGGAACCCAGGUCCCUCGACUCCCAGCCAUGAUACCGUAUAGCUUUCUCAUACCUAAGCCAAAGCCAGCUUUUCUCUGCAUGUUUCUUAAAGAUCCUAAGAGAUGAUGGAUGUGCUAAUCCCUUUAGGAGUCCUCUUCACUGUCUCAGUCUUCACAAUUAAAAUGUUCGUCGUCAGUCGGCCCGGUUCACGGCAGCUGAAACUCAUUUCUUCCAGUCUUUUCUCAAACUUUACCCAAGGCUGUGAGGUCAUAAUGAAGAAAAUAGUAUAACACACCUGCAGAUCUUUUCAUUAAACUAUUGAUAGAUAUUUGAUAAAAAUCACUAAGCAGCAUGAUAAAUAAAAACGUUUAUCAUUUAGAAAAGAGGAAAAGAGGCCGGGCACGGUGGCUCACACCUGUAAUCCCAGCACUUUGGGAGGCCGAGGCAGGCGGAUCACAAGGUCAGGAGAUCGAGACCAUCCUGACUAACACGGUGAAACCCAGUCUCUACUAAAAAAUAUACAAAAAAUUAGCCAGGCAUGGUGGCGGGCGCCUGUAGUCCCAGCUACUCAGGAGGCUAAGGCAGGAGAAUGGUGUGAACCCGGGAGGCGGAGCUUGCAGUGAGCCAAGAUCGCACCACUACACUCCAGCUUGGGUGACACAGCGAGACUCCGUCUCAAAAAAAAGAAGGAAAAGAAGUCUCAGAUUGGUGCUCAAAUUUUGCAGUAAUAAUAUUAAGUAAUCUUGAUAUUCACCUUGAUAGCGUGUCUCUUGAUUGCCUCCAAAGUAAAAUCCCCAUUCUGGUUGGCUUCUUUGAAUGCAGUGCUGCUCCUAACACCCCUCCUCACAUGUGCCCUUUAAGAACUCCACCUUUCUCGCACAUGUGGUUUCAUCCUUGAACCUGAGCCUCACUGGUCAGAACCACAGGAUCAACCAAGGGCUCUGAUACAGACUCUCAUUAUCCCAUUUAUCUGAGCUAGCAACAGUUAGUUCUUUUUAAAGAUUCAACAAUGUUUUUAUUACUUUUUUAAGGUCUUUUUUCCUCCUUCCAAAGUUGUAUAUUUGGGGGAAGGGCAGGGAAAGGGGUGUAAAUGCUUAAGUGUUUCUAUGAACCAGAAGUGACUAGGGUAGGGUUGCAGGCAGGUCAAAUGACAUUUGUUUGGAUGCAUUACAUUUAAGCAACCUUCUGUUCAUCAGGCUUUAGCAGAAAUGGAUUCACCUUCUGUAGUGCAUCUAUUUUAUUUUCCCUUAACCCUAUUCACUAAGCCUUUUUGAGCAACUACCAAGAAUCAGCCCUGUGUUGGGUGCUGGUGUACAAAUGCCCUCAGACUAGUGUGAGAGGCAGAAGGAAUUACAUAAAUGCUACAGCACAGAUGUGUGGAGAGGGGCUGGGGCUCAAGAAAAGCCACCCAGGAGCUGGGGACAAUUUGCAUUAAAAAAAAAAAGUAUAGAGAAAGUGAAAUCAAAACAGUGCUUUCUAAAAUUUAAAAUGGGGCUUCCAAAUUUGAAAUGGGGAUGUUCAUCUAGACUUAGCAAUUGUCAUAAAUUGGCAUUUUACAUACUUUUAAAAAAUUAGUAAAAGUGUAAGGAAGAACAUUUCAAUUGCUUUUACCACCCACAGACACCAUUAUUGGAUGAUUUUUCUCAAAUGUUUCUCCAUUUUAUUUAUUUAUACGGUGGAGAUCAAAUAUGUAAAAUUUUGUUUCCUACAUGUUUUUUUGAUUUUUACCUAACAAGCAUUUUUCCACUUUAUGGCAAAUCUUCAUAUGCAUUGUUUUAAUAGCUGCAUAAUAUUCUGUUUUGCAGGUAAAUUAUCUUUUAGGCCAUUUUCCAUGACUGGACAAUAUGUGGAUAUACUCUAAUAGUAACACACAUUCGUGGCCUUUCUCAUAAAAAAUCAUUACAAAUUUCCAAUUUCUACAAUUGCUCAUGGAGGACAACUAAAGCCUUGGCUAAAAACUUAGCGACUUAAGUGUGAAACACAGACACCUCCCCAGUAAAUUGUUUACUUAUCCAGAACGCCCACCUCCAGCCAUGUCACAGAACCAUGUACAACUCUUCCUUAGAGAAGUGGCUCUCCGCCUUCAUUUUCUUGUCUCUGUUGUAGGUAAUAUAUUUGACACCAGGAGAGAAAACACGGAGGAUACAGAACCAGGUUUCAUUGCCUAGACUUUGAUUUUAGUGACAUUGUUCAGUGGCAUAUGUAACUUCCGUUUGAAUUUCCACAAAGAUCCACGUAGCAUUUCAGGUUCCUGCAAAGUGUGGGUGUUCUGUGAAGUUUACCUGUCAUGUUUGAAUAGUUUCAUGUACUUUCUUUGUAAUAUGUGAUAACCAAGGCUCCAAUCUGGUAUAAGCUUUUUAAAAUCAUUUUUAGGGUUGAUUUGUUACCCUUUAAAAGUCCAGCAUAUGAUUCGGUGAGUUCAUUGUCCAUUAUAAAGAAGUGGUUCUCUCUUCCCUGUUUUCAUUCAAAACCUCAGUGUGAAUAUAGAGCUUUGAAACAUAUUUAUUUUAAUGUAAAUUGCUUAGAUGCAGUAUAAAGGAGAAUGGCUCUUUCCGGUGCUGAGAGAGCAGUUGUGAAGGCCAAGAUUAAUUAGACCUUCAUCAUCUUAGAAGAUGAAAAAGUUGUUUUGGGAGAUAGGAUAGCUCUGACCUGUAAGAUGAAAUCAUUCAUGACGUCAGUGCCCCCCAAAUAGCCAUUUGUAACUGAGUAAGUGCAAAUGACCUGUGAGUUCUUAGGAAAGAAAAACCUUUCACCUAAGUUGCGUCAACACAAUGACAAAAUAACUCAUUAAAAGGUGAGAAAACCAGUCAAUUAUCUACACGAUACCUGACAGCCAUUUUAACAGAUGGUCUUAACGGAGUGCUACAGGGUUUUGGCACCAUGUGGCAACUAGCUAAAAAUGCACUUAAUAUUAUAUCAUUUAUUUGGUUCCUAGUAUACUUGCCCUCCACUUUAUAUAAAACUAAUUUAUGAAAAUCUGGAUUUAUUUUAAAAAGAUAUCUUGCCAUGAAGGUAUUUGUUUUAUAGAAAUAUUUACCUCCAGAUUUCUUUCUCUAAUAAGAUGGUGAAUUUAAAACACUGUGUUAUUUAGAAACACUGCAUUUACACUUCAUUUAUUGUAUAAAGCAAAUUGCAUUGAAUCUUUGCCACUUGACCCAAAGGCCAAAUAUUGGCAUGAGAACAAUUUGGACUACAGAUCACCAAACCCGGGGUUCACACCUGUCCACUAGCAGUUCCAAUGCCUUCCCCUAGCCCUGGAUUUAGCAAAGCACAGAAUGUUAAGAGCUAAAAGUUACUGUAGAGGCUACUCAGUCCCACCCGGGAAACUGAGGAUGAAUGAGGGUAAGCGGUUGCCCAGAGCCCGUUAACCCCUCCAUGGCUGGGGCCCUGCCUAGAACCCGAAUUUCCUGACUACCCUGUCCAAGGUAUUCAUGUCACAUCACACUGAAACGCUCAACCUAGAGGUAGGAGGGGCCCUCUGGGAUAAAUCCCUAUUCCACCAAAGACCAGCCAGUCAUCAAAGAUGAGAGAAGGCAUCCCUGUACUGUAACAAAAAGCUGGCUUUAGGCGUGGCUUGUAGAAUCAAUCUAACUACUAGACAAGUUACAUCUCAUAUAUGUGUGGCUUCUUUUUCUUCUUUUGGGGGGCUACAAGGAAGGUUUGGAGAAAUUAUUUCCGUCAUACCUUUUUGUUAGCCUUUUUCCAUUUCUGGCCAGGAAGUAAUCCCUUUCCUGACAACAGUCCCUUUGUUUUAUCAAGUGGUCUGAUGAAGUACUGCAAACCGCAGCUCUUGUGUUUUUUGCACCAUGGGUUUUAAAAUCCGUCCUCUGCCUCCCACAAGGAAAUACUACCCAAGGGAAGGGAAAAGAUUAAUUAGUGACCUUUCGCCCUGUUAAAAUAGGAUGAGUAUGUUGCUGGUCAAGGCAGAAACGCUGACUUCCAACUGUGGUCUGUUAAGAGAUCUGCUGGGAACCUUCAGAAGCACUGCCUUCCAAGGCGGGGCCACAGCUUGGAGUGUUCAGCACUUGAGGACGGGUGGGGCUUGUUCAACCCAAAGAUAUGUGCAAUGAAUGGAUCUACACAUUGGAAAUAUGUAUCAAAACUGCAACAGUAAAAUCAUAUUUUGUAAAUUAAAAUUGUGUUUACUUUGACUACUGUUCAGACUUUAUUCAGAAACCUUUUUAUAGGCUUUCUUAGCAAAAAAAAAUCCAUAUCUAUGGAUAAUGUCUCAAUCUUCUGUAUAUAUGUUUUAUUAAUAUGUAAAUAUUUAGAUUUUUUAAAAUUACUAUGUUCUUUAAAAAAUAAUUCAAUGCAAGCCUGGUUGUGAAAACGGUGUAUAACAUUGUGUUGUGGUAUCAAUUCCCAAGAUGCUCUUUAUGUCUGAUCUGGAAAAAUACAAUAAAUUACUUUAAUUGAA